CGUUCCUAUGAUUUGCAGACGUACCUCCACUUCCUUUCCUGACGCAAGUGCCCGGCAACGCCGUUGCUCGCCUUGAUUUGUGGCCUCUGCACAGUAAAACUGGAUUUUAUAGCGAUUCCAAAUAACAACAGGACGACAUUCCCACGGUCAAGGACGUAGAUUGACAUCCUCAUCCAAUUAUGUCUCGAUUCUUUGCUACUGGCUCUGACAGCGAGUCAGAGGAGUCCUCAUCCGCAGAUGAGAUCACCCCUAAAGCACCCGGAACAACCUUUAAACAGUCUCUGCUUCUCAGUGAUGAUGAAGAAGAUACAAAGAGGGUGGUGCGCAGCGCCAAAGACAAAAGGUUUGAGGAGUUGACCAACCUCAUCAAGACGAUCCGCAAUGCUAUGAAGAUUCGUGACAUGUCCAAAUGUCUGGAGGAAUUUGAGCAGUUAUGUCGAGCUUUCCUCAAAAGCAAGAACAUAGUGGACAAAGAAGGGGUUCCCUCUUUCUAUAUCCGACUUUUGGCAGAUCUGGAAGACUACUUGAACCAGCUUUGGGAGGACAAAGAGGGCAAGAAGAAGAUGAACAAGAACAAUGCAAAAGCCCUCAGUACACUACGUCAGAAGAUCCGCAAGUACAACCGGGAUUACGAAACAGAGAUAGCUGCCUAUAAGGAGAACCCACAGGAGUCGGCAGAUGAAGAGGAGGAGAAGGAGCCUGAAGACUCUGGCUCCUCCUCUGACAGCGAUGGAGAAGCAGGUGAUGGUGUGUCAGCCAAGGCUUUCCUAAAGAAAAAGCCUGACGCUGCCCCAGAAGCUAGCAAGUUCCUCAAGUCUGCCAAGGGUUCUGAGGAUGAGUCGUCCUCUAGUGAUGAGGAUGAAGAUGAUGAUGACGAUGAAGACUGGGGCUCAGACACUGUAGAGAGUGGCAGUGAGAGCUCUGAUGAUGGAGAGGGAAGAAGCGCUUCUCUGGCUGUGGUCUUCUUGAAGAAAGCCCAAGAGACUGAGAAGUCCGGCACGAAGAGAAGUGGAAAAAAGAAAAAGCUGAAGAAAGAGCGGCUGGAGGAGGAGGCUGAGGAGGAAGGAGGAGAGGAGGCUGAGGGAGCCUGGGAGAAGGUGAAGGGAGGCGCUCCCCUGGUUAAGGAAAAACCCAAGAUGUUUGCCAAAGGCACAGAGAUCAAUAUACCAGUGGUGGUGAAAAAGCUGAAUGAGAUCCUGCAAGCAAGAGGCAAAAAGGGCACUGACAGAGCUGCCCAGAUUGAAUUACUCCACGCUCUUGCUGGCAUCGCUAAUGAGAAUAACUUGGGCCAAGGCAUCUCGGUCAAGAUCAAGUUCAACAUCAUUGCCUCCCUCUAUGACUACAACCCUAACCUGGCAGCAUUCAUGAAGGCCGACAUGUGGAAGAAGUGCCUGGAUUGUAUAGAUGAGCUGUUGGACAUUCUCUUUGAUGAUAAUAAUCACAUCUUUAUUGGGGAGAACAUUGCAGAGGACAGUGAAAACCUGGCUGUCUCAGAACAGCCCUUUAGGGUGCGUGGAUGCAUCCUAACACUGGUAGAGAGGAUGGAUGAAGAGUUUACCAAGAUCAUGCAGAACACAGACCCCCACUCACAAGAAUAUGUUGACAAUCUGAAAGACGAGGGACGGGUUUGUGGCAUCAUUGAUCGGCUGCUUGGCUACUUGGAGAACAAAGGCAGCACAGAGGAGAUCUGCCGCGUCUACCUGCGCAGGAUUAUGCACACCUACUACAAGUUUGACUACAAAGCUCACCGCCGCAGCCUAGGCCUUCAGGGAGAGUCGAAGUCUGAGCAGGACCAGGAGGAGAGCGAGGGAGAGGACAGCGCUGUGAUCAUGGACCGUCUCUGCAAGUUCAUUUACGCCAAGGAUCGCACCGACCGUAUCCGAACCUGUGCUAUUCUCUGCCACAUCUACCACCACGCCCUCCAUUCACGCUGGUACCAGGCCCGUGACCUGAUGCUGAUGAGCCACCUGCAAGACAACAUCCAGCACGCUGACCCUCCUGUGCAGAUUUUGUACAACAGAACCAUGGUCCAAUUAGGCAUCUGUGCUUUUAGGCAGGGCAUGAUUAAAGAUGCUCACAAUGCCCUGCUGGACAUCCAGUCUUCUGGGCGUGCAAAGGAGCUCCUGGGUCAGGGUUUGCUCAUGAGAAACAUGCAGGAGAGGAAUGCUGAGCAGGAGAAAAUUGAAAAGAGGAGACAAGUCCCGUUCCACAUGCACAUCAACCUGGAGCUUCUGGAGUGUGUGUACCUGGUGUCCGCUAUGCUGCUGGAAAUCCCCUACAUGGCCGCUCAUGAGUUUGAUGCCCGUCGUAGGAUGAUCAGCAAGCAGUUCCACCACCAGCUGAGGGUGGGAGAGAGACAGCCGCUGCUGGGACCCCCAGAGAGCAUGCGAGAGCACGUAGUGGCUGCCAGCAAGGCCAUGAAGAUGGGAGACUGGCGAACCUGCCACUCCUUUAUUAUCAAUGAGAAGAUGAACAGUAAAGUCUGGGACCUGUUCCCUGAGACGCAGCGAGUACGCGAGAUGCUUGUCAGAAAGAUUCAAGAGGAGUCACUGAGGACAUAUCUAUUCACAUACAGCAGUGUUUACGACUCCAUCAGCAUGGAGACGCUAUCGGAGAUGUUUCAAUUGGAGAUACCCACAGUCCACAGCAUCAUCAGCAAGAUGAUCAUUAACGAGGAGCUGAUGGCAUCACUUGACCAGCCCACGCAGACUGUAGUGAUGCACCGCACAGAGCCAACCUCCCUGCAGAACAUGGCCCUGCAGCUGGCCGAGAAACUGGGCAGCUUGGUGGAGAACAAUGAGCGGGUGUUCGACCUCAAACAGGGUGUCUAUGGAGGCUACUUCAACAGAGAUCAAAAAGGAGGCUACCAGCAGAAACAGUCUUACCAGAGAGAUCAGAAAGGUGGUUACCAGCAGAAGCAGUCAGGCUACCAGCGAGGAGGCUACAGAAAUCAAAACCAAAGCAAUUACUGAGCUUGGAACAUUGUUGGCUAGUCUUCAUUCCAAAACAACCACCAUCGCUACUAAUUUGCAAACAUUAUUUCUGUACUUGGGCUGACCUUUCAGAAUAAAAGUGAAAUGUUUUUAAGGUUAUUUCAAACAGAAAUGUGUAAAAACAAAGGCAGUGCAGUGAUGAUAGCCUGUGACUCUGCAGUGAGGCAACAGAUGAGUCAAGUCAUUACUUUAAAUAAUAAAUUGUGUUUUGAAUUGA